UUAGUUUGCAAGUCUAAUGUCACGACAACGUUAAUGAUAGCAUGAAUUUCAACACCAAACAUUACGUGUUAUCUUCCCAUUCGCUACUGCUUUGUACGAUAUAUUGUGCUUACGUCGUCUUUUGAGACCAAUUUGCCAUGAUUUAUAUCGUCAUUUGAUCCAUCUCUCCGCUCUUGUCUCUGCAUUUCGCUUUAAUUGCCUGAUAUAACAGCACCGUUCGGCUACUCGCGAUCGAUCAAGAAUCGCUUUGAGUUAAGGUCCAGAUCUGAAAUCAGCUCAAAGCUUAGCUAUGGUGGAUAAGCAAGUCACGAUAAUGGUGCUGGUGGUUGACCUUCAAUGCCAUCGGUGCUACAAGAAGAUCAAAAAAAUUCUCUGUAAAUUUCCUCAAAUACAAGAUCAGGUGUACGAUGAGAAGAAUAACACGGUGACGAUCAAAGUGGUUUGUUGCAGCCCCGAGAAGAUAAAGCAGAAGAUAAUCUGCAAAGGUGGGGACACCAUUAAGAGCAUUGUUAUCAAAGUCCCAGAGAAGCCCAAGCCCAAAGAGCCGGAGAAACCAAAACAACCGGAAAAACCAAAAGAGCCGGAGAAGCCGAAAGAACCACCGAAGCCGAAAGAACCCGAGAAGCCUAAAGAGCCACCGAAGCCCAAAGAGCCAGAGAAGCCCAAACUACCCCCUCCGCCGCCGGUGGUGGUUCCUUGCGUGCCGGUGUUCCCUCCACGUACGUGCUGUCCGGAGUGUUACGAAGGUCGUCCUGGUGGGCCAUGCUUUUACGGUUGUGUGCCGCCGGGCCCACCCCCAUGUUAUCAAUACGAUGGGUAUUACGGUAGGCCGGUGUACGACAGUUACGGUGGAAGUAGGCCCUACUACGUCAGCCGCUGCGAUUACUUCUCCGAAGAAAACACCGGAGCCUGCUCAAUCAUGUAAAUAGCGGAAGCCAUAUAUGAUUAUGAAGCGUCACAAAUUGCGAGAUUAAAA